AUGGCGCGCUCCUCGGGAGCCAAAUCCCCUGCGAGGGCCUCGACGCCGCCCUCAGCCCACACCCGGUCCAAGACCAAGGCCAAGAGCGCGACCGACUACACCUCUGAAGGUGUCGAGGACAACGAUGUCUUCCUCCUGCCCGUCUCCGACUACCAGGUGAUGAUUGCUGUCACUGUCCUGGCUGCCGUCGUUCGUCUCUUCCGCAUCUACCAACCCACCAGUGUUGUCUUCGACGAGGUCCACUUCGGUGGCUUCGCGUCCAAGUACAUCAAGGGCAAGUUCUUUAUGGAUGUCCACCCCCCUCUGGCUAAGCUCCUCAUCACCCUUGCCGGCUGGCUGGCCGGCUUCGACGGAGAGUUCGACUUCAAGGAGAUUGGCAAGGACUACCUCGAGCCCGGCGUCCCAUACGUCGCCAUGCGCCUUUUCCCUGCCAUCUGUGGAAUUCUCCUCGCGCCUACCAUGUUCCUCACUCUCAAGGCUGCUGGCUGCCGUACGGCCACCGCCAUGAUGGGUGCUGGUCUGAUCAUCUUUGAGAACGGCCUUCUUACCCAGGCUCGUCUGAUCCUGCUCGACUCUCCCCUCAUGAUUGCCACCGCCUUCACCGGCCUCGCCUUCACCUGCUUCACCAACCAGCACGAGCUUGGUCCCGAGAAGGCUUUCCAGCCGAGCUGGUGGUUCUGGCUGGCCAUGAGCGGUCUUGGCCUUGGUGCUACUGUCAGCAUCAAGUGGACCGGUCUUUUCACCAUCGCGUGGGUCGGUCUUCUCACCCUGGUCCAGCUCUGGGUUCUGCUCGCCGAUACCAAGAACGUCACCGUCCGUGUCUUUGCCAAGCACUUCAUGGCCCGUGUCUUCUGCCUGAUCGUCAUUCCCGCCACCUUCUACAUGGCCAUGUUCGCUAUACACUUCCUCUGCUUGGUGAACCCCGGCGAUGGUGAUGGAUUCAUGAGCUCCGAGUUCCAGUCGACUCUGAACUCCAAGGGCAUGCAGGAUACCCCCGUGGACGUGCUGAUGGGUAGCCGCGUUGUCAUCAGGCACGUCAACACCCAGGGUGGCUACCUCCACUCCCACCCUCUGAUGUACCCCACCGGAAGCAAGCAGCAGCAGAUCACCCUGUACCCCCACAAGGACGAGAACAACAUCUGGCUCCUCGAGAACCAGACCCAGCCCCUCGACAUCCACGGCGAACCCAUCAACGGCACCCUGGCCUGGGACAACCUCGAGCCGACCUACAUCAAGGAUGGCGACAUCCUCCGCCUUUACCACCAGCCUACUCACCGCCGUCUCCACUCUCACGACGUCCGCCCUCCUGUCACCGAGGCUGACUGGCAGAACGAGGUCUCGGCGUAUGGCUACGAGGGCUUCGACGGCGAUGCCAACGAUAUGUUCCGCGUCGAGAUUGUCAAGAAGAAGUCGCACGGCGAGCUCGCCAAGCAGCGCCUCCGGACUAUUGAGACCAAGUUCAGGCUCGUCCACAUCAUGACUGGCUGUGUUCUGUUCUCGCACAAGGUCAAGCUUCCUCAGUGGGCCUCUGAGCAGCAGGAGGUGACCUGCGCCCGUGGCGGUACACUUCCCAACAGCCUGUGGUACAUCGAGUCCAACGAGCACCCUCAGCUCGGUCCCGAUGCUGAGAAGGUCAACUACCGCAACCCUGGCUUCUUCGGCAAGCUCAUCGAGCUGAACAUUGUCAUGUGGAAGACCAACGCCGGCCUGACCGACUCUCACGCCUGGGACUCCCGCCCGAGCUCUUGGCCUAUCCUGCGCCGUGGCAUCAACUUCUGGGGUAAGACUUACCGCCAGAUCUACCUCAUCGGCAACCCCCUCGUCUGGUGGAGCUCCACUGUUGCUGUGGCUGUCUAUGCCAUCUUCAAGGGUGUCGCUGUCCUCCGCUGGCAGCGCAGCUGCAACGACUACUCCAACACGGUCUUCAAGCGCUUCGACUACGAGAUCGGCACCUCGGUGCUCGGCUGGGCGCUGCACUUCUUCCCCUUCUACCUGAUGCAGCGCCAGCUGUUCCUCCACCACUACUUCCCCGCUCUCUACUUCGCCAUCAUGGCCUUCGCUCAGGUCUUCGACUUUGCCACCUCGCGUGUCCGAGGCAUCGGCCUGCGCGAGAACCCCGUCGUCGGCAAGGCCGCCGCCGUCGCUUUCCUCGCUCUCUCGGCUGUUGUGUUCCUUCUGUUUGCGCCCCUGGCCUACGGAAAUGCCUGGACCAAGUCCGAGUGCAACCGCGUCAAGCUCUUUGACACCUGGGACUGGGACUGCAACACCUUCCCUGACAACUACGACGCCUACAACUCCCUCGAGGUCAGCAGCUCCGCCGAGCCGACCCCUGAGGUCUCUGCUCCUCCCCAGCAGCAGGACCAGCAGGCCGUCGCUCCUCCCGUGGGCGAGCCGGCAGCGCAGGUGCCCAUCGCCGACGACAAGGCCGCGCAGCAGGCCCCGGGCCAGCAGGCGGCGGGGAUCUCGGGCGCACCCCCGCCGCCGAACCAGCGCAUCCUGUCGCGCGAGGAGCGCGUCGAGUACCGGGACCAAAACGGAAACCUGCUCAACGAGGAGCAGGUCAAAGAGCUGGAGGGCAAGGUCGAGUUCAAGACGAGGUACGAGACGCGCACGCGCGUCGUCGACGAGAACGGCGUCGAGAUCCCUUCCGAGAGCGGAGGCGGGAGCGGCUCGGGCGAGGGCCGCGGAAACCCGGCUGGCGUCGCGCCGCCGCACCCCGACGUUGAGGGCGUCGACAGGCAGACGGUCAACAGCAACCGCAACCGGGAGGGCGGCGGCGGCGACGACAAGGAGCCGAGGGGCGGCGCGUCGGCGGACAAGUCUGCCGACGGGCAGGUCGAGAAGGAGCAGAACCGGCCCAAGCCUGCGAGCGAGGGGAAUGAGGCGCCGACCGUCUAA